GAUGUGACACGUUGUGUUGGAGCGAAGUUGAGUCUCCGUGUUUGUUAUUUUGUAGUUUUAUACAGUAUAGGCGACAGAUAUAAACCCUCGCUUACAUAAGUAUGCUCUUAGACAGCAGAUUUGCACUACGGCGGCCUCAUUUCCGACGGUACCUGAACGCAGCACUGCCAAUUCCGCCACGUACUCGAUGACGCAAUGACGUCGCACCGACCGGAAGAGGGACGUUUGCGGUCCUCUAUGGACGCCUUUCAUCGCCUUUUUUUUUAUUUUGUAAAACUACUCGCUCCUGCCGGCCAAUAAUUCACUUACUGUGUAUUUUCUUUUCAAAGGAACAACACACGUCACAGUUUGUCGUCAUGACAGAGGACCGGCUCCUUUAGGUACACGUCUCCAGGUGUGGGCGGGACCUAAGUAAGGCGAGCAGCGCCAUGAGGUGACGACCGUGACAGCGUGUGCUUUGCGCCUCUGUGGACACAUGGCAAGGAUCACUUUGUGGUGCCUGCCGGCGUCCUGGUACUGCAGCGUGGCCCCCAGACAGAAGCUGCUCCUCAUCCUGGCCACGUCUGCCCUGCUGCUCCUGGGGUCCUACCAGAAGCAUCUGUGGGGCCUCCAGAGGCCACACGGGGCCCGGGUCAGCAAGUACCUGUCCAGCGUGGAGUCCAUGGAGGCCACGGACGUCCUGGACCCCGCCCUCAACUACGGCGUGGUGGUGGACUGCGGCAGCAGCGGCUCCCGCGUCUUCGUCUACUAUUGGCCGCCGCACAACGGCAACGCCCACACGCUGCUGGACAUCCGCCAGAUGAGGGACCUCGACCGAAAACCCGUCGUCAAGAAGAUCAAACCAGGAAUCUCCACGCUGGCGACGGCGCCGACGCAGGCCAGCGACUAUCUGCAUCCUCUGCUCAGCUUCGCCGCCGCCCACGUGCCUAAAAGCAAGCACAAGGAGACGCCGCUCUACAUCCUGUGCACGGCGGGCAUGAGGCUGCUUCCUGACAGCCGACAGGCGGCCAUCUUGGAGGACCUGGUCACCGACGUGCCGCUGGACUUUGACUUCCUGUUCUCCCGCUCGCACGCCGAGGUCAUCUCGGGGAAGCAGGAAGGCGUCUACGCUUGGAUCGGCAUCAACUUCGUGUUGGGGCGCUUUGACCACGCCGACGAGGGCGAGGACGCCACAGUGGAGGUGACCACGGGCUCGCAGCACCAACGGCCAAUCAGCCGGCGCCGCACGGUGGGCAUCAUGGACAUGGGCGGAGCUUCUUUACAGAUCGCCUACGAGGUGCCCAGCGCUCUCAGCUUCAGCUCCCCGCAGGAGGAGGAGGCGGGUAAGAGCGUGCUGGCAGAGUUCAACCUGGGCUGUGACGUGGAGCACACCCAGCACGUGUACCGGGUCUACGUCACCACCUUCCUGGGCUACGGCGGCAACAUGGCCCGCCAGCGCUACGAGGACCACCUGCUCAACAGCACGCUGGCCCACAACAGGUUGCGGAGCACUCAGACGGGCGCGACGGAGGACACCCCCUACCUGGACCCCUGCCUGCCCUCGGCCUUGUCGGACCGGGUGGUGCGAGACAACCGCACGCUGCACCUGCGGGGUCAGGGCGACUGGGCCCGCUGUCUGGGCGCCAUCACGCCCUUCCUGGGCCUGCACAACGCCACCAUGUCGGCAGCGGGGGGCGUGUAUCAGGCGCCCAUCAACUUCAGCAACAGCGAGUUCUACGGCUUCUCCGAGUUCUACUACUGCAUGGAGGACGUGCUGCGCAUGGGCGGACAUUACGACAGCGCCAGAUACUCGCGCGCCGCCACGGACUUCUGCGCCACCAGGUGGUCGACGCUGAAACGACGUCUGGACAACAAGCUCUUCUCCCAGCAGGCGGACGUCAACAGACUCAAGUCUCAGUGCUUCAAGUCGGCCUGGAUGUACCAGGUGCUGCACGCCGGCUUCCGCUUCCCCGCCGACUACCGCAGCCUGAGGACGGCCCAGCUGGUCUACGACAAGGAGGUCCAGUGGACUCUGGGCGCCAUUUUGUUCAAGACCCGCUUCCUGCCUCUCAGAGACCUCCAGCAGGAGGCGCUGCGUCAGAACCAUCCUAGCUGGCUGCGCUCCUCCUUCCUGUACAACCACCACCUCUUGUCCCUCUGCAUCCUGGUGGUGCUGCUCGCCAUCCUGCUCUACAUCCUGCGCCUGCGACGCAUACACCAGCGUGAGCAGCGGCAGAUCGACGCCCUCGACCUCCUUUGGGCCGAGGAGGGCGAGACGCUCCUGGCGUGAGGACGCCAACGCAAGGACUUUGACGACCAUCAUCUACUAGUGAUGGUGACACCGAUGACAUCAUCUACUAGUGAUGGUGACACUGAUGACAUCAUCUACUAGUGAUGGUGACACUGAUGACAUCAUCUACUAGUGAUGGUGACACAGAUGACAUCAUCUACUAAUGAUGGUGACACCGAUGACAUCAUCUACUAGUGAUUGUGACACUGAUGACAUCUACUAGUGCUAGUGACACUGAUGACAUCAUUACUAGUGCUAGUGACACUGAUGACAUCUACUAGUGAUGGUGACACUGAUGACAUCAUUACUAGUGCACACUGAUGACAUCAUUACUAGUGCUAGUGACACUGAUGACAUCUAGUGAUGGUGACACUGAUGACAUCAUCUGCUCGUGAUGGUGACAUCAUCCUGCUAGUGAUGAUAUCAUCUGCUGGUGAUGACAUCUGCUAGUGAUGACUUUAUCUGCUAGUGACAAUGACAUCAUCUGCUUGUGACGACAUCAUCUGCUGGUGACAGUGACCUAAUCUGCUAGUGACGGUGACCUUAUCUGCUAGUGACCUCAUCUGCUAGUGAUGAUGACAUCAUCCUGCUAGUGAUAUCUGCUAGUGAUGACAUCAUCUUGCUAGUGAUGAUGACAUCUGCUAGGGAUGUUGACCUCAUCUGCUAGUGAUGACAUCAUCUGCUAGUGACAGUGACCUUUUCUGCUAGUGAAGGUGACAUCAUCAUGUUAGUGAUGGUAUCAUCUGCUGGUGAUGACAUCUGCUUGUGACGACAUCAUCUGCUAGUGAUGAUGACAUCAUCCUGCUAGUGAUGACAUCAUCUGCUAGUGACAGUGACCUUUUCUGCUAGUGAAGGUGACAUCAUCAUGCUAGUGAUGAUAUAGUCUACUGGUGAUGACAUCUGCUAGUGACGAUGACAUCAUCUGCUUGUGACGAUGACAUCAUCCUGCUGCCAUACUUGAAUGACCAAACUCAACAUUUGUGUUUACUACUGAAGUAAAAAAACAAAAAACGCUCCAAAGACUUUCUGUGGACAACUUUGAAUACUGUGAAGUCCUGCAGGACGCCCAAGAUGGCGGCAACUGGUCUGACUCCGCCUCCUUCCCGUCAGUCAAGUAGACUUCCUUACCAAACUCUCCACUGUUGUAAAGGGGACCAAAAUCUUGCAUUCAGACCACUUUUUAGCAAACUGAACACUGCAUAAAGGGGCGGAGCUAGCCACCGUGCAGUGUGUCGAUUGGUGGACAGAACGCUCACUUCCUGUCAUAAACAUUUCUUUCCUGCCGUCCUUUGACGUGAGCAAAGUGCAAUACAGAUUUCACAAUAAAAGUUG